GCAGCAGCAGUAGCAGCUGUGGGGGCGGCGCAGUGUCCGGAGCUGAGUGCUCGGUUUAGCCGUGUCCCCGAUAUGGCAGCGGAGCGCAGAGCACAGGUUUGAUAUCCGGAACUGGGAUAAAAGCAGCCUGCAAUGCUAAAUCUUUAAACAGACGGGUGAGGGGAUACAAGAUCAUCAUGGCAGACUGUAAAACCUUUUGGCUUUUGCCACUAGCGUUCUUGCUUAUCUGUUCCCGCGUAACAACGACACACUCAGAAGAUCUUUCAAACCAUACAUCGAACUCAACAGAGGCACUGUUGGAAUGUUUACCUGUGAUCACACUGAGAGUAGAUCACAUCAUUGUAAAGGAGGGGAACAGCGUGGUAAUUCAGUGCAAUAUCCAGGGUCAUCCAGAUCCUCACUUUCAAUGGUACAACUCUAAUGGACAUUUGCUUAAAGAAGAAACUGUGGGAAAAUGGUGGAUUCUAGACAGUGGACUUUUAAAUAUCACCAGUGUGUCGUUUGAAGAUCGAGGCAAAUACACGUGUGUUGCUACAAAUCCCCAUGGUAGUGUAAAUAAUACAGUUACGCUAAGAGUCAUUUUUACUUCUGGUGAUAUGGGAAUUUACUAUAUGAUUGUCUGCCUUGUGGCAUUUACUAUUGUGCUAGUUUUGAACAUCACAAGACUCUGCAUGAUGAGCAGCCAUUUGAAGAAAACUGAGAAAGCCAUCAAUGAAUUCUUUCGGACAGAAGGCGCAGAGAAAUUACAGAAGGCGUUUGAGAUUGCAAAAAGAAUCCCUAUCAUCACUUCAGCUAAGACACUUGAGCUUGCCAAAGUUACUCAGUUUAAAACCAUGGAAUUUGCCAGAUAUAUUGAAGAACUUGCCAGAAGUGUCCCCUUACCACCACUUAUCAUGAACUGCAGAACUAUAAUGGAGGAGAUCAUGGAAGUUGUGGGUCUUGAAGAGCAAAGCCACACUUUUGUAGGUCAGGGAGCAGUUGGUCAUGAUACUUGUGAUGGAGAUGAUGUUUUUACCAUCCGAAAUAGUUUGCAAAGGAGCGAGUCCCCAGCUGCUGAUUCCGAUGCAUCUUCUCUACAUGAGCCUCCGAGGCAGAUUGCAAUAACCGUAUCUGUGCAUCCACGAGUAACGAAAACUUGUUUGGACACAGAAUCCCAGGAAAGCAUACAGUCCAGCACAAAAGAAGAAGCUACCGCAGGUUCCUGUACACAAACUGCUGAGAGCAGUGAGCCGGUGUCGGAAGACACUGCCACCUGCAUCAUUUAUGAAAGCCAUGUUUAAAUCUAUAUUGGGAAAUUCUAUGCAUAUCACUAAAGUCACUUAGAGCACCUUAUAGAGAAGAUACUGAAGUAAUGCCACUUAGCCUUACUAAAAAUGUAUAACAUCAAAUCCUGACCAAUUAUUGUUUGUAGGGUGGCUGAAAAACAUCCAUGUUCUCUAGUAUCCGUGUGGAAAUAUCCAUGUCUCAAUAACGUAUGGUAUAAAUUAAUGGAUACUGACUUGCCCUCUCUCUGAAUGAUUGGGGAAACUGGUUUCCUAUAUAAACAUGAAGGUAUAUAGUUACAGUAGAUUCUGUCAAAAAAAAGUAUUUAUUAUUUUGUAGUUCUAAUCUGUUUGUUUCCUUUUGGCUGUUACACACAUCAUUACACAUUUUGAAUUCAUUGCUUUUAGAAGCUGUAAAAUAAGCUUUUUUUUUUUUCUUGUUUCUGCUUCAUAGUAAUUGUUCCCCACUUAAAAAUGUAAAAAAACAAACAAAAAAAAUAGCCAUGUUUUGACAUGGUUUCUGAAAUACAUGACAAUCCCACUAGGAUCUUGUCAAGCGGCAAUGAGAAUUUUCAUUACUAAGCGGUUUCAUUUGUCGGUAAGAAAUGGAUCAACUUUUAUUCUAGCCCACUUGAUUUUAAUAAAAUUCAAAACAUUUUGUUAGUCAAACCGCUAACCUGUAUAGAGGACAGACAUUUAGAAGUUCAGUCAAUACGCCUUCUGUUUGCUGAUUUGGCUGGAAAUUACGGGCAUUCACAAAGCAGACUUUUUAGAAAACUCUGCAUACAGUACUAAUUGCAACAUGCUAAAGAUUAGUGGCGUUUUAAAUGUUUCCCAAACCCCUGAUAUUUCAUUGACAAUCAAUAUUUCCAUUUCUUGUGUGUUGUUUUUUUCCUCUUUGUUUUGUGUUUAUGUUUAGAGCUAUUUCGAUUGUCAUAACUUAGUGGGCACAUGGUAAGUAAACAAUCAGAAAUCCAGCAUUAUUAUAUGCUGAUUUUCAGACACUACACCACAUCCAUUUUAGGUAGAGCUUGUUCGAGCUGACUGUUUUGUAAUUCCAUAAACAGAAUACUGAACUGUUUUAUGAUAUCGUCCUAGAAAACUCCUAAAACAACUGCUAAAUAUAGACCUGUUUGUUGUCAAAUAGGCUCUGUCAUUAUUCUAAUAUAGCACUUCCAGGUUUCACUUGGGCCAACAUGUUCCAGGUCUCAUAGCCAGAAUCUAGCCUUGUUUU